AUGUUUGACUUCCUUAUGGGGUCCGGAUUCGAGCGGUUCCUCAAGCAGCUCGCCCAGAUCGAGGCCGGCGGCUUCGGCGCCGUCGGCCCCUGCGACAACCCACCGGACUGCAAGGCCGCCGUCAAGCCCAUGCCCACCGUCAUCGUCUCAGCCUACCCUAUCCACGUCGGCGUCGACUCCCACUGCGUCGUCUGCAAGGAGGCCUUCGAGCCGGGCGACUAG